AUACACUUCUAAGAUCUUAUUAUACUAUACUAGCUAAGCUAGGUUGAUGAACAUCCACACUUCUUGGAUUGAAAUUUACACAAUAGUAGUCAAUGGUCAACAUUCAACUAUCAUAAUAUGUGAUCCAAAAUAUAGGAGGUCCAUUUCUUGAAUUUUCUUGGCUCAUAAUUGAUUAUAUUGGACUAUUAGUUCAUAUAAUCAAUUGUGUGACAUCAAUGACAAUGAUCUUGAUAUCAUUACUACGUACUAGUCAAGUAAGUCUGCUUCUCAAUUCUCAUCAUCACUUAACUUCAAUUCCUCACAAACUUCUACAUACAUGAACGUAUGUACAACCUCUAGCUACGUACUAAUCUUCACUCACUCGGCGUUCUUGGCUUCGCUUUUGGUGUAUUUUCUCGACCCUUAGCUUCUUCGUGGAAGCGAUGGCUGGUGGUGGUGUAGGCGUCAUAAGUGGUGGGGGUGGUGGUGGUGGUGGUGAUAAUUAUAAUGGCAAGGUGACAUGGUUUGUGAUACUAUCUUGUAUGAUGGCUUCCAUGGGAGGUGUCCUUUUUGGCUAUGACAUUGGAAUUUCAGGUGGAGUAACAUCAAUGGAGCCAUUCCUACAAAAAUUCUUCCCAAAAGUGUAUGUGAAGAUGAAGGAAGACACCAAAAUAAGCAACUAUUGCAAAUUCGACAGUGAAUUGUUAACUUCAUUCACAUCAUCUCUAUACAUUGCUGGACUAAUUGCUUCGUUCUUUGCUUCACCCAUCACCAAAUCGUAUGGCCGUAAGCCGUCGAUUGUAGUUGCAGGUUUAUCAUUUCUUGCUGGUUCAGUUAUUGGUGGUGCUGCCAUCAAUAUUUACAUGCUCAUACUUGGCCGCCUAUUGCUUGGUGUUGGUGUUGGUUUUGCUAACCAGGUUGAGUUUCGUUGGAGACCGGCCCCGCAUCUGGCCCAAGUUGGCAGAGUUGGAGGAAGGUUUGGCAGGUGAUGGGAUGGGGUCCAGGGAUGGCUGUAAAAUCGUACCGGACAUGGGUGUGAUGGGCCGGGUGUGAAUAAGAUGUUGGACCCACCUCAUCCCCACCCGCCCCACACCAUACCACUUAUCUUUCAUACCAAAAUAAUAUGUAUAUAAUUUUUACCUUAAAAAAAAGCUUGUUUAUAUUUUUUUCCUUUACAGGUGUUUAAAAUUUUUAAAUAAGAAGUUAGAUGUCCAACUAAACAAACCAUUAUACGGACUACGUGUUAUUUUUAGUUGUCAAAUACUUUUUAAUGAUUUUUUUUCAUUAGAUAUGUAGUCAACUAUUUGGUAAAUAAAAAUUAGGCGGAUAUUAAUGCGAGUACGAGAUGAAGAUGGAUACCAGGAGGGUGGUAGGGCGGGGAUGUGAUUAUUAGGCGGGUAUGGGUGUGGAGGUACCAUCAUCCGUACCCGCCCCGCCCCAUUAACAUCGCUAACGGUUUAUUUGUAUGUUCUUAAUUUGUCCGUUGCAUUUGAUCGUUUAUGUAAUAAAGUGUAUUAAAAAUUGUUAGAAUUGACUUAUAUAAGGCCAAUAAGGGUGACUUAGAUGAAUUUAUGAAAUUAACAUGUUCAUU